AUGACCGGGCUUUGCCCUUCUUCCACGUCUGUGGUGUGUCAAAACCGGAAAGACUAUCAGGCUCCUUUGGACACCUUCUGGCUGGCUCAUUCGCCCUCCAGCAUAUUUGCUUCAGGUCGAACCUACCACAGGGGUCUUCUUGAUGAAAAGGAGCUGGGCCCAGGUGCAGGGGCUCCAUCUCCAAGCUUCUCAGGACCUGCCCUGAGGCGCCAAGAACCAGAACAGUCACCCGCGUCAGAGCCCCAGGAACUAGGUCCCCUCAGUGGGGACACAGUUGUGACUGCCCCACUGUGUGGAUCUGUCGAGGCUGAGCAGUCUCAGAAGGACAUAACUCGACUUCUCCAGCAACAUGAAGAGGAAAGGCAGAAGUGGGAGCAACAGGUACAGGAAGAAAGGAAGAUGGAGAUCCGAGAGAGGCUGGAGGAGCAGCGAAGUAGCCUGGAAGGAGCUCAUGAGGCGGCCCUGCAAGUUCUCCGGGCCUCAUACGAACAGGAGAAGGAAGCCCUUACUCACUCCUUCCAAGAGAACAAGGAUGCCCUGCAGGAGACCAUAGCCGGACUGACUUCACAGCUGGAAGCCUUCCAGGCCAAGAUGCAGAGGGUGGAGGAGUCCAGUCUAGGACAAGACUAUAAGAAGCAUAUCCUGGAAUAUGGGAGGCCCGGCCCGUUCUGGGAGCAGGAGCUGGAGAGUCUGCAUUUCGUCAUCGAGAUGAAGAAUGAGCGGAUUCGUGAGCUGGACAAGCGACUGGUCCUCAUGGGAACACUGAGAGAAGAAAACCUGGCAUUGGAGGACAAAGUCACCACCCUGCAGCAGGAGAACGAGGACCUCCAGGCCCGAGGCCAGAACCAGGCGGCCCUGUCAAGGCAGCUCUCUGAAGACCUGCUGCUCACCCGCGAGGCCCUGGAGAAGGAGGCACAGCAGCGGAGGCAGCUCCAGCAGGAGAAGGAGGAACUGCUAUAUCGUGUCUUGGGGGCCAGCACCUCUCCGGCCUUCCCCCUGGCCUCCGUCACACCCACCGAGGUCUCCUUCCUCACCACGUAG